GAGACGUUUAAGUCGUUGCUUGUAAGCCUGUGUAUUUCUGAUCGAGGUGUAGGUUUUCUUAUCCAGCCACUUUAUGUUGCAUAUCUUACGAUGGAAAUAACUAAAAACAGUACAAAGACUGACAACAUUAUUGCUUAUUGGGCUGUUGUUAAAGCAUAUGCCAUCCCUCACAGCUUACUUGUUUUUGCCUCAUUUUUUGGUGUUUUCGCGAUAACCGUUGACAGAUUCUUGGCCAUUCAUCUUCACAAUCUCAGAUACCCGAAACUUGUGACUCACAAACGGGUAGUUGCUGUAGUGAUCUCAUUCUGGGUGUUCAGUGUAAUUGCUUGCUUCUGGUAUGAAUCGAUAAGUGUUUUUCUUGUGAUGUCAGUUGUUUGUAUCAUAACUACAGGAUUGCUUUAUUGCAAGAUAUGCGCAGCCGUAAGACACCACACAACCAGAUUCGCGCUCAGCAAGUACCUGACCAAGUAGCUCAGAAUGGAGACAUGGCAAAUAUAAUGCCGCAAGGCUGAGAAAAACUGCUGUUGCUACAUUUUACAUGUAUAUCUUGUUUUUCUUUGUUUUUUCAUAUUUAUAGUUUGUUCAAAAAAUAUAUAAACUCGAGUAAUGCUAAGCUGCGAAGGGAAUGCCGGAGAACGGUGAAAAACAACAAUAGGUCUAAUUAGCAAAAAAGCAACUUUGCACGAGCAGCACACUUUUUUUGUACAUUUCUUUGCCGCUGUUUUGAACGACUACAACGUCAAACUUCCACAAACUUCUUAGUUACACGCUUUAUGGAGGAAAUGUCGUACGUGUUCUAGCUCAAUUUUUUUUCAUUGCCGCUCAUUUUCACCUUGGAUUGGUGGCCGCUAGCAUUUCUUAUUUUCUCACUGGAGCUACAAAAUUGUCAUGUUGUUCUGGUAACAAAAAAAUGUCUCCUUUGUUGUUUAUCUCUCGCUCUAGAUCUCUGUCGCCCUUUUUCUUGUUGAACUUCGCUGGCAUGCCGCCUACUUUCUCUUUUUCUCUGUCUUUCUCUUGCUCUACUUUCCCAAUUUUUGGGAAUGACAAUUCAAUUAAUCUAAGCUUUUAAGCUCAGAUUAAUUGUCAUGUCCAAAAAUUUGGAAAAAUAUUAUAAUACUUCAGACAACACGGAUACAGAAACAAUUUCUGCUUUCCGUUUUCGUCUUUAUUGACUCUUUAGUUGUCUCUGCUUUACAAGACUCGGGUGGCUAUGCGAUUUCCCGCCCAAAUAACGUAGAGUUGCAUUUGGGUUGCCAUACCUGUUGAUUGACUUAUUUUACACUGGUAUGCCUGUGGUGCGGACAGACGGUCGGUUGCUCGGUCGGGCGAUGUACGGUCACGUGAUUAGCAAAUUAACUAGGAUGGGUAGAUUUACUUAGCUAUGGGGCUCCGCAAGCGCGCGCUCCGCUAAGAACAGAGUUAAUUUACACGUUCAGGGAUGGUUUAAACUUUGGAGAAGGUAUCGUAAAUAUACGGGUAGCCACAACUGCAUUAAUGCAGAUUUCACUGUAUUUCUGUAUUUCUGCUGCGCGCGAGAGAGCUUUGCCAAAAAUGUUUGUGGUGAACCAAGGCGUUCAAAACGCCAAAAUAGAUUUAUGUCACGCGACAGCCAUUUUGUCUCAGGAGAUUUAAAAAGCUUUGCUUAUGCACAGCUAGCCUCGUAGAGAGAACGAGGCUUUUUAACAAAGGUUUUUAAAUCUCCUGAAACAAAAUGGUCCAUUGCCUAAUUCCUUUGUAUCGCGUAUCGUCUGUCUGGCUGGGGGUUAAUUAGUCCCUCUAAUGACCAAUGCGGGAAGGCUCAGCCCGAAAAGGGUACCUUUUUCAUGCCUCAGGUAUAUGAAAGGGUAAGGAUUUCACUAGUUGAAGUAAAUGAAAUGGUAGGGAGAUUUGUCAUUUCGGUCCGUAACAAGGCCCAAAAGAGCUGAAAGAUGCAUUAUGUCUGUGAGAGAGUCGACGCGAGAAAGCUUUCUGGCUUUCUGAUUUGUUCACAUUUAAAAGACAGUGCAUUUACAGCAGUUCGAAGGGAUAAAAAGUUCUAAACUAGGUAUGUCAAAGGAGUACCAGUUAUCAAUAGAAGGCAAACGAAAGGGGUACUGUUGAAGUGACAAAUGUAAUAAUUGACCACAAAUAUAGAAAAAAUUGGCCACAAAUGUAAUAGAAACCUAAAAUGCUAUCAAAACCAUAUAUUUCUCGAAAGAGUACCGCUUUAAAUUAAAGUCGGACACAAAUAAGUUCCGCCGCACCCUAGCCUUUGUAGCAGGCGCUAGGAAAUAAAUUAAAUGGGUGCAAGAAAAAACGCGCGCGCGAGAAGGAAACACUCGAAGGGAGAGGGUGCGCGCACUCGCGCGCGCCCGUUCUUUCUUGCGCCCAUUUACUUCCUAACGCCUGCUUCGCAGGCUACCGGCACCCUUUCGAAAAACACAAUUCUAUUGCUGUGAUUUAUUUCAAAGAGCACAGCCCUCAAAUAACUUUCGCACUGGUUAAAGUCGAAAAACAAUAAGCGCCGUGGCGCUCUUUCAAGUAAAAAGAAUUUACUACACUCUUCUUGCGCCCGCUCGCAAUAUUUUUUUACUUGUCCUGACCGUAUCAGCAAAUCGGGACUAGUGUGCGAGAAUUUGCGUCAGAUAUUGGGAGUGUCACGUGGACAAACUAAAAGCAAGGGGUAACUCCUCGUCUGCCUUCUCCGCGCAUGCGUGGGAGAACUGACGUGCGGUUCUCAGCCAGCAGCUCCCAAAAUUGGCAAAAAAUCUGGAUGACAAAAAUGAAGAGCUUAAGCAAGGACGACGGCGAAAACAACGAGAACGGCAAAAAAGCGAUAGGUCUGGCAAAACAACAACUUUGCACGUGCAUCACGGUUUUUUCUAGCUACAUUUCUUAGCCGUCGUUACGCGACUGCGACAUGGAACUUCCUAAUUUCCUAAUUUCCUUUUCUUUUUCUAAACACAGAUACGGUCCUUUCGGAUUCAACCCCAGAGAAUUUUGUCAACAUUUAACAUAGUAAAUGAAACUGAAUAAGUUCGAUGCAAUUUGAAACAGCGCGAAUUUACUUAGUUAAGUGACGUCGGGUUUGUUGUCUGAUCCAAAAAUUUUGCUACUGUGGCAACGUGACGUAAGACUUCUCCUCUCUAUUAGCAAAAAAAACCAACAACCUUGCAAGAGCGCAGCACCCUUUUUGUACAUUUCUUUGACGUUGUUUUGCACGACUACAAUGUGAAACUUCCUAGCUCAUUUUAUGUUGGAAAAUGUCGUAUGUGCUCACCGAUGUUUUUUCGUGUUCCUGUUCACUUUUUUUUCUACACUGUCGCUCAUUUUCACCUUGUUGGUUGCCUUUUCUCAUUUUCUCACCGCCAAUUUCUCUGUUUUUCCUCCAACGAAAUUUGUCUCUUGUUUUUUGUCUAACGCUUUAGCUCUGUUGUCGUCGUCAUUGAAGAUUUUAAAAUUUAGUCGGACUUGACUUUGUUGUUGGUUUUUCUCUCUUCUAAGUCCGGAUGGACUUUCUCUCUCUAAAAAGUCGGGGUGCACUUAAGCUUUCCCGCCGAAAAACCCCGUGUUGCAUUUGCCAUAUCUGUUGAUUGAGUUAUUUUACAUUGGUAUGCCUGUGGUGCGCAAGCACGUGCGUACGCUCACGUGAUUAUUUAUGCACAGUGAACCAAAAUUCUUACCCAUGGUGCACCGCUGCGGGCGCGAGAGCUUCGUCAAAAAUGUUUGUGGUGAACCAAGACGUCAAAAACGCCAAAACAGACCUUUGUCACGCGGCAGCCAUUUUGUCUCAGGAGAUUUAAAAAGCUUUGUUUAUGCACAGCUAGCCUUGUAGAACCUUAACCUUCUAUUGGGGCAUGAAGAUUUUCAGAGAUUUCAAGGACGUUUUUUGCCUGAUCUGAAUUUGUCUGCAAGAAAAAUGUUAAAACGUUAUAGGGACUAUCCGCUGAGCAAAAGUUACGGAAUCACAGAUUUCAACCUUUAUUGCAUCCACUUUGAAAUCACUGGCUAUCCGUGCAAUCUGAUUGGCUCUCAGCAGUGUGAUUUAUUCCUAAAUCGCACCAUUUUUUGCUCUAAAUCGUAUCUGUUCCAAAUCGCGUUAUUCAUGUUCUAAAUUGCAUCAUUUCUGUUUUAAAUCGCACCGUUUUUGUUUUUUUCGCAUCAUUUCUGUUUCGAAUACAAAAUGAGGUGUAAAAGCCUUUUUGUUUCGGCUUUUUAACAAACUGGCUACUCGAUCAGUAAAAUAUUAGUACUGACAAAAUUCUGCAAUUUCAAAAUGGAUGUAAUAAAGUGGUAAUUGAACUGAGUGGAGUGCAAUUUUGGUCUGAAAUCAUACUUGCGAUUUCAAAUCACGCGUAUGAUUUCAGACCAAAUUGCACUCCACUCAGUUCAAUUACCAUUAUUAAACAUUGGUUCAAUGAACAUAAUUUAAUAUCUAUUGCGAGCGUAAAGUCACGGCAUUGCUCAAGCACUUUACAACGGCAAAAGAUAUAUAAGUCUUCAGCCUUGCCGAAGCCUAUUUCCCUUUCGUAAACGAUCGUUGACAUUUAUAACACGCAAUACCACCAUGUUGAUAACCAAGCCUUUAGUCAUCAUGUAAUAUGUUCCCUGGAUUAACGUACAACAAGAACGCUCUUAAAAGCUCAGGUCUUGCUUGGAGAUUAGAUAAGAGAUAAGGAGGCGAUUAAUUCCACACGAGGCAGGAUUUCUUCGCUAAAAGGUUUCUCUUCCCACUUUAUCGACGGUCGAGUGUUCUUCAGAAAAUUUAAUAAAUUCAGAAUAUUUAAUGAAUAUUUUCUUCAGAAUAUACGCGUGUACAAAUACAAAUCAUUGCUAGAAAGUAAAAACGUGAUGAACAUGGCACGUCAUUUCAAUCAUCGCCAAAAAUAAACCGCAUGCUCAUCACAAGACUCAUUUUCAUAUCAUGAAAGUUUACAACGCCUGACCAGUUUAUAGCCUUAUAGUUUUCACUGAAGCAUUCACUUGUUCAAAAGUAAUCAACGCUUUCAAGCAGUAGAAUUCGUGGACCGACCCGUUCCCGGGAAGCUCAACAUCUCUGCAUCAAUCUUUCCUAAGCUUUCUUCACAAAAUAGAGCAUGGCGCUGUGACUCGUAGCAAUUCCCAUCCUCAGUUUUCACGAUCUCCGCUAGUAACGCCUGGGACCAUGAUUCCCCUUUUGGCGCGCACACAAGCGAGACUAACUAACUACUGUGCUGGUCUAUGUUUUAAAAGCUUAGCUAGUAAUUUUUUUUACGGGGAACAAGUUCCUUCUUUCAUGUCAAGAGACUCGUUUGUCACGGUUACUAAAACAGAAGGGCGUUAUCAAUCAUUUGCCCCAGUCUGUCUUAUGACGAGGCACUUAAUGAAACUGGUAUUCCGACCAUUAUUUGUUAUUGCGAGGACAUAUGUGACAAGGUUUUUAACGCUGCCCUCGGCAACAAGGAUAACAAACAUAACAAGUUAUUAACUGAAGCCAAUAAGGCUCCAUAUUUAUUAAGAAAUCACCGACACUGUGCACUUCCAAAGUGGAAGACGGACCGUUUUAAGAACACUUUUAUUUUGAAUUUUUAUAUUUUAAUAUUUUUAAUAUUGAUGUAUGGUAAAUUAUUCUAUUUUUAGCUUAUUUUUAUUUGUGAAUACGUAAUUCAGCCUCUGGCUGCCCAUGUAUUUAUUUUUAAUAAUCUAUCUAUCUAUCUAUCUAUCUAUCUAUCUAUCUAUCUAUCUAUCUAUCUAUCUACCUACCAAAAAAAAUGUGCGUUUGUUUCGCUUGAGUCCAGCAAACAUGUAGGAUUGGUCUCAGACCUAAUAAUCCGCGUUUCCUCUAAGCCCCCGGUGGGGGGAAUCUGCAUAUGAAAGGGGUGGGGAUGCUCGUCGGAAAUUUUGAAUUAAACUCCUAAAGGAGACCGAUCUGGGGGUGGCUCAAGCUUUUUUUGACCCCUAAAAGAGACCAUGUUAAAACACAGACAAUAUAUGUAUUUUUAUAUUUUUCGCGUGCAACCCUAAACGAGACCUUCACGACUAAAUAUGAUGGCGUUUUGCCCAGAAUACCCUAAGUGAGACUAAAAUCCGAAAUGUACACCCCUAAGCGAGACGACGAACAUCCCCACCCCUUUCAUAUGCGGAGUCCCCCCCACGGUCUAAACCAUCGUUUAACUCUUUUCUGUUUGACUUUGUGUUUACGAUUCACCGCAAACCAGCUGCCAUUUCUACUUUGAUAUCGCGCCAAUAGUUUCGAAUAACUUACUUCCAUUUGACUGACGAACUUUAUCCUAAGAAUAAUAUAAGAAUAUUUUCAUCCUAAAAUCGGCAGAAAAAAAUAAGAAUAUUCAGCCUGUGUGUUUUAAACUGAAGAAACUGAAGCUAUAUGAUACGACUUACAUCUUAUUAGCUGCCUUAAAGUUAAUAAAGGAUACUAGUGCAAGUUGAUUUUUUUGUAUUCGAUUGCAAUUUAAGGCAGUUAUUUUUUGACACGUGGUUACUCAUCGGAUUGCCACGUCAUGUACCAACGGGUGUUCUGAUUAUUUACAGUUAAGUAACUAGGGUACUGUGUCUUAGGCCGCCUCACACUCUUUAAGUCACCCGUAAACAUGCAGUUUAUCAAAAAAUGUGUUCAUGGGCCCAGCAAAUACUGUUGGAUUGGUUUGCGCCGUAAAAAUUCCGUUUUCCUCUCAAGUCACCUCUCAGCUCGUUCUGUCUGACUAUAUGUUUGCGAUUCAUAAUUGAAAACCAACUGCCUUUGCUUAUUUAAUAUUGCGUAAGUAGUUUCAUAUAACUUCCUUCCUUUUUAACUGACGAACUUCAACAUUUAUACAACCUAUUGCGCUUCGUUUGAAAGAAAAUUAAUACUAAUUACUGUGUGAUGAUGACGUUACAUUUAAAGUUUUAAUUCCGGGUUCACACAUGCAAAGUUUCAAUUUCAAGCAAGGUGAGAGUUUGGAUAUUGUGAGCACGACUUAAGGACCUUGUUUACUACUGUCGCGGAAGACUCAACAGUACUCAAUAAAAACCAAUUGCCAUCGGAGAAGGAAGUCUGGAGAAUAUUCAGUAAGUCUCGUAAAGAGUAAUUUCCAGCGUCAGUCUCGUACGAAAAAGAAAACACUUGCAGAGUUCCUCAAACGUUCUACACAGCUGCUGAAACUUAAGACUGUAUAUAACGCUCCAUUCAAUGGUGGAAGCUGAAGGUCAGUCUCAUUCAAAAACGGAUAAAACCUAGAAAGCAAUGAAAUUCUUUGCAUAUUUUAGAAACUGAACACUGAUUAGGGUUAUGUAAAAAAAAAGAUGGCAAGUGCUGAAGACUUGAAUUUCACAUUUGUCGUUAUUAACUGCUUCUUCAACGCCUUCUUGUCUUUCACCGCCAUCGUAUUAAACAUCAUAACAAUGCAAGCGCUCAGAAAAACGUCGUCGUUGCCUAAGACUUUAAAAACAUUGCUACUAAGCCUGGCUGUGUCUGAUCUGGGUAUAGGCUUACUUGUCCAACCACUGUAUGUUGCAAUUCUUGUGAUGAAAAUAAAACAAAACACAAACAGUACUGCUUAUGAUACAGUAAACGAAGCGUAUUUAAUCCAGGGAAAAACAUUGGCCUCUGCUUCGCAUUUCGGUGUUUUGGCAUUAGCUGUGGACAGAUUCUUGGCCAUUUAUCUUCAUCUCAGAUAUCAGGAGCUUGUGACUCACAAACGUGUUGUUGCUGUUGUGAUCUCAGUCUGGGUGUUUAGUGCAUCAAUUUCCGUCCUACAUCAGUUGUAUGAUUAUGAUAUUAUGCCAGCGGUCAUUGUAGUUGUUUGUGUCGUAACUACAGGAUUGCUUUAUUGCAAGAUAUACGCUUCCGUGAGACACCACGCAAAUCAGAUUCACGCUCUGCAAGUGCAACAGGCGACACAGAAUGAAGAUAUGGCAAAUGCCGCAAGGCUGAAAAAAUCUUCACUGGCUACCUUCUACGUUUAUUUGGUCUACUUAGUUUGCUAUUUGCCAUUAUCUUGUGUUGUUUUUGCCGCCAAGACAAAUGGUGAAACUCCUUUGUUAUCUCAUUUAUCGUAUUUAACAUUCACUCUUGUGUAUCUCAAUUCAUCCCUCAAUCCCUUGAUCUACUGCUGGAAGAUGAGACACAUUCGACAAACUGUUAUGGAUAUACUUCGAAAUAUUUUCGCGAUUGGCCCGCACUAA